UAUCUUUUAGUCUCCCUCGAAGCCAGGGAAUGCCUUGCGUGACGAGCAAGAGAGCAUUGGUAUCCAGUACCCUUUCGAAACGUUUGUUUACAACAUUUGAGUGUAAUGGCUUUAUCUUCGGCAAGGUCUCCGUCUAAUGACUGGGUCCAUCACUGCUUCAAAAUCAUUAUCAUCGGCGAUUACAAGGUUGGAAAGACGUCCCUUCUAUGCAGGUACACUGGUCAUCAAUAUCACGCGCCAAGCUCAACCAUAAGUGUAGACUUCCGAGCAAAAAGUUUGGAGAGGAACGGAAAGAGGAUCAAACUCCAAAUCUGGGAUAUAGCUGGACAAGAAAGAUUCCGCACAGCUGUGGCGAGUUAUUAUCGUGGCGCUGUAGGAGUAAUUCUGGUUUAUGAUGUGACAAAUAGGGAGUCUUUCCACAAUAUUGGUUACUGGCACGAAGAAAUGAGAAAAUGCUGUGACCCACAUGCAAAAGGAAUUCUGGUGGGCAAUAGAUGCCACUUGUCCCAGUUGCGAGAAGUUCAAGCGGAGGAAGGAAAAACUCUUGCAGACCACCUUCAACUACCUUUCUUUGAAACAAGCACUGAGAAGAAUAUCAACAUUACUGAAUGUUUUGAUGAGCUUGUCGACUCCAUCAAUGAACAAAUAGAAAGAGGGAGGCAGAUACGGGAACUGACAACACUUGUGCUUCCAGCCAGUGGUCAAGAAGAAAGGACUGUCGAGGCAUGUUCAUGCAGGCUGCUUUAAUGCAAGUGUGUUUAUCAAUCAGACGGCUGCCUCUGAUUAGCUCAGUGAAAGAGGUUACCGUUUUACUCGAAUCUGGUUGUCACCCUGGAAAAAACCCCGCAUUUGAGGCGCGAAAAAUUAAAUCAGUGCGGUGACCCUUAUUCGAGUAAACACCGUAUUUCAACCCAAUAAAUAAGGUGCUGGGUAUCAGAGGGUCAUCUUUAAGACUCAAAAUAAAGGGGUAUAUUCUCUGGAAACACAGUUAUGAGUACCUUCUAUCACCCAGUACUAUCUACAAUGCAUACCAAGUUUCUGGUUUAUGCAGUCUGACCAACUCAUGGAGGACAGGGGCAUUUGCAGGUGUUCUUUCCAGGAAACUUACAAGGACAAACUUAAUCUUUGCACUUUGACUAAAAACAACUAAAUCUCUUUGGAGAUGCAUCCUGCCCCCCUUUCCCCAAUUCUCUCCUCUAUUCAUAUAAAGAGGUGAUGGCGAUUUAUCCCGUUGGAUUGCGUUAUCCACCCUUUGAACAACUGGGCCCUGAUGUUUAAAUUCUGUUCUGUGUUAAUAAAGCCAGUUUGCAAAAUCA